AUGGCGUCGCCGCGCGCGCUCGGCGGCGCGGCCGUCGCGUCGCCGCCGCUCCCGUCGUUCGCGUCGCGUCGUCGCCGGGCGGCGCGUCGCGCGCGCGUCGCGUCCGCGUCCUCCUCCUCCUCCUCCUCCUCCUCCUCAACGCUCGACGUCUUCGUGGAGAUCCAGAUGCCAGACGGCUCCGUCCCGCCGCGCCUGACGUUCGCGCUGCGCCCGGACCUGUGCCCCAAGUCCGUGGAGAACUUCGCGACGCUCCUGUCCGGCGCCAACGCGGGCGUGGACCCCGCGCUGACGUACCGAGGCUGCGCGUUCGAGCCCUUCGGAGGGAAAUACUCGCACGUGUGUAAAGGACGAGGAAAAACCAUCUUCGGACCGGGGAAGUUCGUCGAACGCGAGGCGAUGAGCGCGACGAGGAACGGCACCCCGGGCGCGGGCGGCGGGACGUACUACGGCGAGCGCGUGGAUUUAGACGACGACGACGAUCGAGUGACCGUCCUCGCGGUCCCGACGAGCGGACCCGGGUUCGGCGGGAGCCGCUUCGCCAUCAUGAGGCGCGUUCGUUCUAUGUCACACUGGUCCCCGUACGACCGCGUCGGCGUGGUGAACGCCGAUCCUUAA